CUUUUUCCUCCCCGCACCAGGGCUGAUUUUCAAUGAUCAGUUCCCGGACUGGUCCCUAGAAGAGUGAAUCCUGUUUCUCAUUAAACUCAGGGUCAGCUGAGUCAACAAUUGGAGACACUGCUUGGACUUUCUCUCUUGCAGGUUAAGAGGGGGGUGCACGUUUGCCAUCACGCUGCCUCGGUCCCAUUUCCUUCCAUCGCUGCAAGAAAAUCUGCAAGGGGGAGUCUGGUCUUUGAUCCUUAGCAUCCCACCGCUGGGUCCACAGGUCUUCCUCAGGUUGGGCCACUGUCUUCUCCAGAAAACCAAGGAAGUUGGAAAGAAUGGCGGAGCUGAAGUACAUGUCAGGGUUUGGGAACGAGUACAGCUCUGAAGAUCCCCGCUGCCCUGGAGCCCUACCACAAGGACAGAAUAAUCCCCAGGUGUGCCCGUAUGGUUUGUAUGCGGAGCAGCUCUCGGGCUCAGCAUUUACCUGCCCACGUUCCUCCAACAAGAGAAGCUGGUUGUACAGGAUCCUGCCCUCUGUCUGCCACAAGCCCUUUCAGCCUCUGGACCAGGGCUCCCUGACGCAUAACUGGGAUGAGGCGGAACCGGAACCCAACCAGCUGAGAUGGAAACCUUUCGAGAUCCCCACGGCCUCGCAGAGAAGGCUGGACUUCGUGACAGGGCUGCACACCUUGUGCGGGGCUGGAGAGCCGAGGUCUAGGACCGGGCUGGCGGUCCACAUCUUCACCUGUAACGUUUCCAUGGUCGACAGAUGCUUGUACAAUUCGGAUGGAGACUUUCUGAUUGUACCACAGCAAGGGAAGCUCCUCAUCACUACAGAGUUCGGCAAGCUGUUGGUGGAGCCCAAUGAGAUCUGUGUCAUGCAGCAAGGGAUGCGUUUCAGCGUGGAAGUGUUUGGGGAAACUCGGGGCUACAUCCUGGAGGUCUAUGGAGUGCAUUUCGAGCUGCCAGACCUUGGACCAAUCGGAGCCAAUGGUUUGGCCAACCCACGAGAUUUCCUUGUGCCCGUUGCCUGGUACGAAGACCGCCAAGUCGCUGAAGGAUACACAGUCAUCAACAAGUACCAGGGGAAACUCUUUGCCGCACAACAGGCGUGUUCUCCGUUCAACGUUGUGGCCUGGCAUGGGAAUUACACACCGUACAAGUAUAACCUGAGCAACUUCAUGGUCAUCAAUGCUACAGCUUUUGACCACGCAGAUCCUUCUAUCUUCACCGUCUUGACCGCCAAGUCGACUCGUCCCGGAGUGGCAAUCGCUGAUUUUGUGAUCUUCCCUCCCCGCUGGGGUGUGGCCACCAACACUUUCCGCCCGCCUUAUUACCAUCGGAACUGCAUGAGCGAAUUGAUGGGCCUGAUCCAAGGGCGCUAUGAGGCAAAGGAACAAGGAUUUCUACCCGGAGGGGCCACCCUGCACAGCAUGAUGACGUCCCAUGGUCCGGACGCGGAGUGUUUCGAGAAAGCGAGUAGGAGCAAACUGGAGCCCGAGAGGGUUGCCGAGGGCACGAUGGCCUUCAUGUUCGAGUCUUCUCUGAGCUUGGCCGUCACCAAAUGGGGUCUGAAAUCUUGCCUGGAUAAGACGUACUACAAGUGCUGGGAACCCCUCAAGAGCCACUUCAAUCCCAAGCGCAAGUGAAAUGCCCAGAGCUGUGGGCACAGCCUAAAGGAACCCCCGAGGGAAACUGUGCCUCGCCUCUUUCCUAAAUCCAGAAACGUGACGACCAACUGACCAGAAUGUUGGCCCGCAAGCAUAAAAAAGAAAGAAAACCACUUAUCUUAAUUGUCUGAGUAAAGCUUUGUGAUAAGCAA